AUGGGAAACGACGGAGGAUCCAUCCCGAGACGACACGAGCUUGUCAAAAACGCAGCCCGCGCACCAACAUCGUCCGAGUUAAAGGCUGCUGUGCUUGAAUCGCUAGGCCAUGCCUGGGCACACUGCGCUCUCAGCGGCGACACACUUGACAAGGAUGCAGUUGUAUCCGAUGGCAAAGGAAGGCUGUAUAACUACGAAUCAGUUCUCAAGGGAUUGAUGCCGUCAGAUGAACCGUCAGCAGACAUCACGCCGGCAGCCUUGGGCAUACGGUCCCUACGCGACGUGGCGAAGGUUAAGUUUUCCAUCAAUGGAAACAAAUGGGUGUGUCCUAUUUCUAUGAAGGAAAUGGGUCCUGCAACAAAAUCUGUGUACCUUAUCCCGUGCGGUCACGCGUUCGCCGAAAUAGCAAUAACCGAAAUUAAGGAGCAGACAUGUCCUGAAUGCGCCGAACCUUAUACCGAAGAAAACGUCAUCACUCUGCUCCCCACAACACAAAAAGAAAUACAACGACUAGAGUCGCGUCUCGAGGGCCUCAAAGCUAAAGGUCUGACACAUACACUGAAGAAGGACAAAUCGGAAAAGAAGAAGAAGCGCAAGGGCGACGAAGCCAACACAGACGAUGCUGCAGCAACAGAAACGGUAAAGAAGGCGAAGAAGGAGGUCGACCCGCGAUUAAAUGGCAUUAAUAAUCCCAUGACGGCAUCUUUAACGGCCAAGGUCAUGGCGGAGCAAGAAGAGCGCAACAAGCAACGGAAACUGGCGGCGCUUCGCAGCGAGAAAGCCAGAUGA